AUAAAUUGGUGACAAGUACAUGUAACCACUAUUCAAACAAGUUGUUAGCUCCUCUCCUUCUUUCCCUUUGCCACCAAUUCAAGAACCAUGUUUUCCAGCCAGUAUUCAUCUGCAAAAAAACAUCACCCGCUCGAUUUCUUCCAUCGAAUCGAAAACGAAUGGGGUAGUUACAUGCCUGAAAAUGUACAAAAUCGAAUUAAUUUACUCAAAAUAGAGUUCAAAUUCAUUGAUAUUUUUCUCACCAUCCAAAACUUCACUAAUGAUCCCAACAUGCUAAAAAAUGUAAUUCACAAAGUCGAUGCUCUUUUUCAUGAUUCCGCCUUUGAUACAUCGAAAAAGUAUCAAAAUCUUGAACGACUUACUUCUUUGUUGCAGGAUAAAAUUUGGAUCAUCAAGAUUGAUAUCAGAGCUAAUUACUCAUUCUUUCCUAGAACUUCGUUGCAACUAUUGCACGAAAAGAAUGGGAUUGGUAAUUCCAAAUUUGUAAUGGAAUUCAUCGAUGGUGUUAUACAGAAUCUUAGUUCCAAAUUUAUGAUGGAAUUCAUCGAUGGCAUUGUACAGAAUCUUUGUGAGUUAGUGGAGAUUGGUGAUUCCAACUCUGUACAAAUACAGGAGGUUUUAAAAGAGCUGAAGUUGUUGAAGAAUCUUGUAGGUUUUUUAUCGAAGUGGUGUGUAGACUCUGAGAGUGUAUAUGCUUUGUUUGCUCAUGUUUUAUUUGUGGCGGGGUUUGCAGCAAUGGUUGCCUGGUUGUACAUGCCGGGUCGCGAGGAUAAUGGAAAUGAGUAUUUGGUUCCUGGUGAGAUGAAUUUCUUGCUUUCUUAUAUUGUGCGGAUGAGGACUAAGCCUGUUAAUCCGCGCAUCCGUAAGAUCUAUGUUGAUGUCUUGCUAGCUUUGAAAGGGACAAUGCAAUCAGGAUUGUCUCGCAGUAUCCAAAAUUUGUAUUCAGUUGAGAUUGAAGCUGGUUUUUUGGAGAUUUUCAUACACAACUUGGAGGAGAUACGAAGUAUUUGUACUCUAAGUCGGAUGGAGUAUUUGAAUCAUCAAAUGGGAAGCCUUGAGGAGAUGCUCAAACUCUUGAGAGCUAAUCUGAUCAGUUUGCCGAUACAAGGUCUUGAAUUUCAUCUUCAAGAUAUUGAUAUUGUCAUUGUUGAUGUGGGGCUUCUUAUUUACUCGUUAUAUGAUAGGGAGAAGCAGGAGGAAGCGAACCAAAGACUAUUUCUUGAUUUGCCCAGAAGCAUUCAGCAUAUCAAGGAAGUGAUCUUCCUUGUGAUUCGAUGGGCAUUUCAAUCUAAUUUGCCAAGGGUUCAUGGACUAGGUUGUGUUGAUUUCCUUCUGAACAACUUGAAGGAGUUCCAAGUCCGUUAUUCAGAUUCACAUAAUUCUUUUGUUAAGAACCAACUUCAAGUUAUUCAGAAGGAACUCGAGAGCUUGCAACCUUUUCUCAAGGAUGUGGCUGAAGAGCUCUACAAUAAGCAUGAAAGGCUCCAACAUUGUGCUGCACUAUUGAAUGGCAAAGCUUAUGAGGUGGAAUAUAUAGUUGAUGCUUCUAUUGGAAAAGGAGUUCCUGACUGGUGUCUUGUCCGUUGGCUCUUCGACAUUAUAAAGGAGAUUAUACUUAUUAGGGAAGAGGUUGCAAAGAUUCAGGAAAAGAGAGUUUUUAACUUUGCAUUACAUGAUACCUUGGAUACUGAAGAAUUGACUAAUACUCCAAGAAUGACUGAAGAAGUUGUCGGUUUUGAAGAUGUUAUGGAAAAACUAAGAGAACAACUAAUAAGUGGAAGCAAACAGCUAGAUGUUAUCUCAGUUGUUGGAAUGCCCGGAUUAGGCAAGACAACUGUGGCCAAUAAACUUUAUUCUGACGAGUUUGUUGUCUCCCGAUUUGAAAUCCGUGCACAAUGUUGUGUAUCCCAAGCAUAUUCGCGUAGGAAUGUGUUACUUUCCAUUCUACGUGAUGCCAUUGGUGAGUCGCCUACUCUUGCUAAAUUGUCUACGGAUAUAUUAGCAGAUCAGCUUCGUAAAAUUUUACUGCGGAAAAGAUAUCUUAUCCUUGUUGAUGACGUAUGGGAAGCUAGUGUUUGGGAUGAUUUAAGAUGUUGUUUCCAUGAUGACAAUAAUGGUAGUAGAAUUAUCCUAACAACGCAACAUGGUGGUGUUGCUGAAAAUGCUAAAUCUGUCAGUGAUCCCCUUUAUCUUCGUUUGCUAAAUGAUGAUGAAAGUUGGAAGUUACUAAAACAGAAAGUGUUUGGUGAAGAAAGCUGUUCCGUUCUCUUUUCAAACAUUGGCAAAGAAAUAGCAAACAAGUGUAGGGGGCUGCCUCUUUCAAUUGUUUUGGUGGCUGGUAUGCUAACAAAGAUGAAGAAGAGUGAAAUAUGCUGGAAACAAGUUGCUAUGAAUUUAUGUACCGAUAUUCUUAGCAACUCGAAGACCAUCAUAGAGCAAAGUUAUCAGAGUUUACCUUAUCAUCUAAAGCCUUGCUUCCUCUAUUUUGGAGUAUUUUUGGAGGACAAAGAAAUCAAUGUCUCAAUCUUGACAUGGCUAUGGAUUGCAGAAGGAUUUAUUAAAAGUCGCGAUGACAAGAGUCUAGAGGAUAUAGCAGAAGGCUACUUGGAGAGUCUUAUUGGAAGAAAUCUAGUUACAGUUGCUAAAUGGAGUUCCAGUGGUAAGGUCAAAACCUGUCGUAUUCAUGACCUGUUGCUUUGUUUCUGUAAGGAAAGAGCCAAGGAGAAGAACCUUCUAAGGUGGAUGAAACGGGACCAAAAUGUCAAUACGUCUUCCUCUAUUUACUCUCACAAGCAGCUCAUUCAACGCCACAUGUCCUUUAAUUCUGAAGUGGUUAAUCUUGUGGAAUGGAUCUCAUCUUGCUCACUUGUUGGAGCUGUCAGUUUCAUGGAAGGUAGAAACAAAGGUUCCUUUUCAAUAGUCCAAUCCUCCCACAUUUACUUCAGAUUUAUAAAAGUGUUGAAUUUGGAGUUUAUCGUAAUUGAUUCUUUCCCAACUGAGCUAGUUUACUUGAGGUAUUUUGCUGCACGAACUUCUCAGAAGUCAAUCACAUCAUCCAUAGCCAAUCUUCGGAACCUUGAAACUUUGAUAGUCAAACCAAUGAGAGGAAAAUUGAUAUUGCCCCUUACACUUUUGAAGAUGGUUAAAUUGAGACAUCUGCAGAUAUAUAGCAAAGCCCAUUUCACUUUAAAUGCUGCAGAAGAAUCACUUGAGACCGCAAAAUUUGUCAAUUUGAUAACUCUUUCCUCUCCAACUUUUUGUUGUGUGAGGGAUGCAGAAUUGAUGUUGAGAACACCUAAUCUUCGGAAACUGAGAUGCUCAUUUGUUGGUUGGGGUUAUCCUUCUCGUGAAAUGAGUUCCCUAACACGGCUUGAGACUCUCAGUAUUAAAAUGGAUUCUUGCGGAAGUUCUCCAUCCAACUUUCCACCAAAUCUAAAAAAAUUGACGUUGUCCAACUUUACCAUGUAUUGGCUUCAAUCAAGCAUUGCAAUGCUUCCAAACCUUCAGGUACUCAAGCUGGUAGCAGUAUUUUUCUCAAAGGCUGAAUGGAAAGUGAGGAAUGACAUGUUCCAUCAACUCAAAGUUUUGAAAGUAGUAGAUUGUCCUUGUUUUAAAAAAUGGAAUAUCUCUGACGAUGCUUUUCCUCGCCUUGAACACUUGGUACUGAGAAGAUGUCGAUAUCUUGAGCCAUGGUCAUCAGGGAAACACAAGUUGAAGUGAUGCAGAAUUAUGAUUUCAAGGUCUUCAUCCACAAGUAGAAAUAUGAUGCCCCAUUCCUUAAACACUAUUUCAAAUUGGUUAUCAGGUAUGAUUUUUAUCCAAUGUGCAUGUGUGUGUGUGUCUGUGUCUGAGUAAGGCUCUUGCUAGUUAGAAGCUAAAAACACUGCUAGUGCACUUUGAUGCAUUAUUGCGUUCCUUCAUCACAUCACACUAUGCGAUGAAUAAAAAUGGAAUUACUAUAGUUAAGAGCGUGACACGAUUCAUGCACAUUAGUUUGAGUAGAUGAAGAUUUUGAAUUGAUCAAGAAAUGGUACUGAAUUUGAGUGUGAGGAACCUGUAAGCUUUCUUUGUUUUGCACGUUCUUGGCACUUGAACAGCCGACUACAUGCGAACAGAUGUUAUGAGCGCACUUGCUUGUUCAAGAUAAUUGUUGUAUUGCAUAUUGUGCUAUUGCUUAGCUUCAAACAUGCUGUUUGCUUUACAGUGGAUCACCAUUCCAGAAAAAAAGAGACAUCCCUCUUUCCCAUAGAAAAUUGUAAAACACGUGAUGGAUGGUUAGAAUACAGAAGCUUCUGACCACACGCAGCACAGCAUGGAAGAAAUCAUGUAGAACAUAAUGAGGCUAGGACUCUAGAGAGGGUUCAAAUCCCAGCGGCGACAAACGCUAGGUAAUUUGUUUUUCUCAUAUGCCUAAGACUUAGAGGGCCGAUUUACCUGCUAAUUGUGCUAGUGAGAGUUGGGAUGAAUGGUUGGGAUGGUGCAAGCUAACCCAAACACCACAGUUAUAGUGAAAUAGUGUCAAAGCUUGGACGGCGAGCUCCUACAGGAGCCAUACGCCUCGAUGACAUUGUUAAUACAGGUGAUCGUGGCUCCUCUUUAAGACUCCAUAGGUGACAUUGUUAACUAGACUAAAUAUACAACUCUCUAAAUCGUUUGCACUGUACACUGUGCUGCUAUACACUAUUAGGAGUUUGAAGUGUGCUAACUGCAAAUGGAUGUGAUAUUCCAGUAACUAAAUAUAUUAAUUUUCUGUUUUAUAUACCAGUUGAUGAUAUAUUCUCUGUUUAUAAAACAGUGUUCUGUUUCUUUAUUUGAA